AUGAAAAGAUCAAAACAUAUACAACGAGCAGUCGGCGCGAUAAACGCGCCAUUAAGACCACCAGAUAGGCCCUUGAGACGUCCAUUAUCCCCUGGAGACCUUAAACCCUUCGUUUCUUGGCCAUGGAAGCUUGUUGAAAACCAGAAGGUCCAGAGCAGGGCAUCCUCUCAAAUGGUGCUUCAUCCGCAUCGCCCUCUCCACACGCUACUGUCCUCUAACAUCCUGAUGGGUUCCAAGAACUUGCUGAGAAGCGCACCUUUUACAAUACCCAUCUCAUUUUCCCGCCUGCACCAUUUCCAUACCUAUCGACUUCUCUUCUCAACAAGCCCACCAAAACCCAUCUCUAUAUUUCACCAUCUUAUCGUAAAGAAAUCUGGAUUCUGCUAUAUGUCUUACGCCAGGGUUCCCAGGCCAGUUCACAUGGAUUACCCAGAAGAAGAAACGAUCGACUCAAUUCGAUUAAAUGCUUUAAAGAAGAGAUUGGAAAUGAUAGGGAUUGACUGCACUAGUUGUAGACCUGGACAGUACAAUCAUUUGAUUUGCCCAAAGUGUGAAGGUGGAGACUCAAUGGAGAGGAGCUUAUCACUUCUGAUUACACAAGAUGGGGGUUCGGCCAUGUGGACAUGUUUUAGAGCUAAAUGUGGAUGGAGAGGUGGCGCCCAGGCCUUUCCAGAUGGGAGGGCAUUUGGUGGAGCUAAUCUAAUUCCAAAAGUAAUGCCCAAACGAGAAAUAUCAGAGGAGAGUCUUGGGUUAGAACCCUUGUGUGAUGAGCUACUUGCAUACUUUGCUGAACGAAUGAUAUCAGGGGAAACACUAAGGAGGAAUGCUGUCAUGCAAAAAUCUGGAAAGCAGGUUUGUGGAGCUAUUGAUGGCAAAAAAUUGUCCUUGAGCUCACAUGGAAACACAAAGAUUGCCAUUGCAUUUACUUAUAGACAAAAUGGAAAGCUUGUCAGCUGCAAGUACCGAGGCGUUGAUAAAGUAUUUUGGCAGGAGAAGGAUACAGAGAAGAUAUUAUAUGGGCUGGAUGAUAUAAAACAAACAAGUGAUAUUAUCAUUGUUGAGGGUGAAAUUGAUAAACUUUCAAUGGAAGAAGCUGGCUUCCGUAAUUGUGUCAGUGUUCCUGAUGGUGCACCUGCAAAGGUUUCUACAAAAGAGUUGCCAUCUAUAGAGAAGGACACAAAGUAUCAAUAUUUGUGGAAUUGCAAAGAGUACUUGGACAAGGCAUCUCGCAUAAUUCUUGCAACUGAUGCUGAUCCACCUGGCCAAGCUUUAGCUGAAGAGCUUGCCCGUCGCCUUGGAAGAGAAAGAUGUUGGCGAGUCAGAUGGCCAAAAAAAGAUGGGGGCAAUGUUUGCAAGGAUGCAAAUGAGGUUUUGUCAUAUUAUGGGCCAGAUGCAUUGAAGGAAGUAAUUGAGAAUGCUGAAUUGUAUCCCAUACGUGGUUUGUUCAACUUCAAAGAUUACUUUGAUGAGAUUGAUUCGUAUUACCAUUGCAGUUUUGGAUAUGAGCUUGGUGUAUCAACUGGAUGGAGGGCUCUGAAUAAUUUGUACAACGUUGUGCCAGGAGAGCUGACCAUAGUGACAGGUGUUCCCAAUUCUGGCAAGAGUGAGUGGAUUGAUGCUCUCUUGUGCAAUCUUAAUGAAAGUGAUGGGUGGAAGUUUGCACUUUGCUCAAUGGAAAACAAGGUUCGUGAACAUGCAAGAAAGCUUUUGGAGAAGCACCUCAAGAAGCCUUUCUUCAGUGCAAGAUAUGGAGAAUCUAUGGAGCGGAUGAGCGUUGAGGAAUUGGAAUUAGGGAAGGAAUGGUUGAAUGAUACAUUUUAUCUCAUACGGUGUGAAGAUGAUUGUCUACCCUCUGUUAAGUGGGUACUUGAACUUGCCAAAGCAGUUGUUUUAAGGCAUGGAGUUCGUGGACUUGUGAUAGAUCCAUACAAUGAGUUGGAUCAUCAACGUCCUCCAAACCAGACUGAAACAGAGUAUGUAAGUCAGAUGCUUACUAAGAUUAAACGCUUUGCUCAACAUCAUGCAUGCCAUGUUUGGUUUGUAGCACAUCCUAGACAGUUACACCACUGGGUUGGUGGUCCACCUAACCUGUAUGAUAUCAGUGGGAGUGCACAUUUUAUAAACAAGUGUGAUAAUGGAAUUGUUAUUCACCGAAACCGAGAUCCACAGGCAGGACCACUGGAUCAAGUGCAAAUAUGUGUGCGGAAGAUACGGAAUAAGGUUAUAGGAAACAUAGGUGAUGCCUUCUUGUCAUAUAAUAGGACCACAGGUGAAUUUAAGGACAUUGAUGAGACUCCAAGCAAGAACUAAACUCCAAGCAGAAGAUAAAGACUAGUACGCUGAUAUUUUCAGCACCAACUAUUAACCUGAUUUAUUGGUUGCGUCCUGAUUUGCCGAUGUCAGGGUCUGCAAGGUUCUAUUUCUUUCUUUCAUUUUUGUAUCACCAAGAUCCUUGAAUUACUGAAGUUAGAGCGAAUGUGCACCUUUCUGGAACCUUGACGAAGAUUCUAGCGAAGCCCAGAAAAAUGAGUACCCUGGCCAUUUGAUGGAUAAGUGUAAACGGGUUUGCACACGAGGAAAAAUGAGUACCAUUCCAUUUUGUUUUUUAAGGUUUGUAGCCUUUUGCUUCCUAGAUUUCCACUAAAAAUAUAAAAAGCUUUGGUAACAGAGAAAUUUCAUGGCCUUUUAUCAUUAGGAUUUUCAUUUUUCUUUAUUUUCUUCUUGUUGACAUAUUCUUUCUCGUGUAAAUGAGGAAAUAUUCUAUUAGUCCGUGACUGGCUUUCCUUUC